AACAAACAUGCACAAUCUCCACUCGUAUUGCCACGUAAGCCCCUGUUAUAUCCUCUUCCCUCUUCUCGUUGUUUCUGUUUUCUUUUUCAAGUUGUGAAGAACGGAGGGCGGAGCUGAGGCAACUAUGGGGGUUUCCUUCCUCUCAACUCUCCCUUCUCUGGUUCAUCUCUCUCCUCUAAGCAACUCCAAUACUGGCACUCACAUAUACCCUUCUCCUCGUGCUGUUCCUAUACGCUGCAAUAAAAUUGAAACUGAUGUCACUGGUGGCGAUAAUGUUUUCCGGCGAAGAGACGUUUUGAAAUGCUUUGGAGCUGCCAUUAGCAUGGAAUUAAUAGCAAUCUCAGGAUCAUUUGUUGAAAUGGCUAGCGCUGCUGAUUUGAUCCAACGCAGACAACGUUCUGAGUUUCAGUCAAGUGUUAAGGAGACCCUUUACACAGCUAUAAAGGGAAAACCCGAAGUUGUUCCAUCAAUUCUAACUCUGGCACUGAAUGAUGCCAUGACUUAUGAUAAGGCUACAAAAUCUGGAGGCCCAAAUGGUUCCGUACGUUUCAGCUCAGAGAUAAGCAGACCUGAAAACAAGGCACUCUCCACGGUUCUUGAUUUAUUAGAGGAAGCAAAGAAAGAGAUAGAUUCAUAUUCCAAGGGUGGACCGAUCUCGUACGCAGAUCUUAUACAAUAUGCAGCACAAAGUGCGAUUAAGUAUACGUUUCUAGCUUCUGCCAUUCGCAAGUGUGGUGGUAAUGAAGAGAAAGGGAACUUAUUAUACGCUGCAUAUGGUUCUAACGGGCAGUGGGGCUUGUUUGAUAAACAAUUUGGACGGACGGAUACCCAAGAGCCAGAUCCAGAGGGAAGGAUUCCCCAGUGGGAGAAAGCAACUGUACAGGAAAUGAAAGACAAGUUCAAAGCUAUUGGCUAUGGUCCUCGCCAGCUAGCCGUUAUGUCUGCAUUCUUAGGUCCUGAUCAAGCAGCUACUGAGGCCCUACUUGCUACUGAUACGGAAGUUUUACCAUGGGUUCAGAAGUACCAACGCAGCCGAGAAACAGUGUCUCAAACAGAUUAUGAGGUUGAUCUGAUAACCACUCUCACCAAAUUAAGUUGCUUGGGCCAACAGAUCAACUAUGAAGCAUACACAUACCCUGUCCAAAAAAUUGAUGUGACCAAACUCAAAUUAUAGAGGAAGAAAAGCAUUUUUAAAGAACCAGCAGCUAUAACAAUUCAAAAGUUAUGAUUUCUCGAGAUUUUUUAGCAGAGGUUAAAACGAUGGUCCUGUGUAGAGCAAAGCAUGGAUCCAUGUAAUAUUAUGCUGUGAUUUACUAGUUGAUAACUAUCCUUUAGCAACCACGUCAUUACUCAGCUAUGUUACAUUUUGCAUAAGAAGAUUGAAAAUUUGCUUCUAAA